UACUCUCAUUGUAAUUUUAUUUUGAAUGGUUGAUUGGUAGUGUUCUAUCCCCCGAAAGCACUAUAUAUUUACCGGCAAGCCUAAAGCCUCUAUAUCCUCCACCACUUCCAAGUAAUUAAGAAUCCAAACAAUCUAUAGAUUAGAAAUGGAGCCCGGCAAAGGCGAGAUGAAGAUCACCGACGACCAGCUGCUGGUCGUCCAGUCGACGAUUGAACACCGAAUCAUCAGCAUCGUUGGCCCUUUCGCCCUCAAGUGCGCUGUCGACCUCCGCAUCCCGGACCGCAUCCACGCCUACGGCGGCGAGCCCAUGCCUCUCCCGGCCCUCGCGCUCUCCAUUCCCGUGCCCCUCGAGAAGCAGCCGAUGCUCCGCCGCCUCAUGCGCCUUCUCUCCGCGCAGGGCGUCUUCGCCGUGCAGGCUCUCGGCGACAGCGGCGUCGACGACGACGGAGACGGCAGCAUUGGCUACCUCCUCACGCCCUUCUCGCGGCUCCUCGUCACCGCCGAUGACGGCAGCCCGAACAUGAGCGCGUACGUGCGGGCCUGCUUGGAGCCCGACAUGGUGAAGCCGAUGUACCGCAUGAGCGAGUGGCUGACGCAGGAAGGUGCGAAUAUGAAUGCAUUUGAGACGGCGCACGGCGGGAGGAACUUGUGGAAGGUGGCCCAGGAGCGCCCGCACAUGGGCAGGCUGUUCAACGAGGCGAUGGCGUGCAAGACCAGGCAGACGACGGCGGCGGCGGUGGCGUGCUGCCCGCAGGUCUUCCGCGGGAUCGGGUCGCUGGUUGACGUCGGCGGCGGCACCGGCAUGACCGCCAAGAUGAUCGCCGAGGCGUUUCCGGAGGUGAAGUGCACCGUCCUCGAGCUCCCGCACGUCGUGGCCGCCGCACCCAAAAGCGAGCUCAUCGACGCGGUCGCCGGCGACAUGUUUGAGUACAUUCCACCGGCCGGUGCGGUGCUCCUCAAGAAUGUUCUUCACGACUGGAGCGACGAGGACUGCGCGAAGAUUCUGAAGCAAUGUAAGAAAGCAAUUUCUGCUAACGGAGGAGAACGCGGAAAAGUCAUAAUUGUGGAUGUAGUGAUAAAUACGCUCGGCGACGACCCCCAGAAAAAUGAAAUGGGGCUCUUGUCUGAUAUUCUUAUGAUGACAGGCCUCGGCGGAAAGGAGCGCGACGAAGUCGAGUGGCGAAAAAUUUUUAGCAAAGCAGGGUUUGCAAACUACAAAAUUACUCCUUUGAACGGUGAUCCACACUCCAUAAUUGAGCUCUUUCCCUAAUUACAGGAUUAGACAAGGUGAAUAAUGUCGUAUGUAUGAUCAGUUGAUCAUGUUAAAAUAAAUUUCUAUGUAAAAUAAUCUACGUUACUAUGAUGCCUACUAAAAAUUUUACUUUGUAUCAA